UGGAAGUGAAGGAAGAGGAGAGGGAGCCGAAUCUCAGCUGAAAUGGGCAACAAACUUGUGGAUCUGGUGUACUGGCGGCACAUGAGGAGGACCGGUGUGGUGUUCACAGGACUUGUGAUCAGUCUGGCCAGUGUGUUCCAGCUCAGUGCCAUCACCGUGCUCUCACACAUCUUUCUAAGUAUCAUGUCUGUCACCUUCGCCCUCCGCCUGUAUUAUAAAUUGCUGGAACUGAUGCGCUGGAACCCCGGCGUCCAUCCCUUCCAGUCAUACCUGGAUAAUGACAGCUCUCUGACAGAUAAAGAUACAGUGAUGCUGGUGGAGGAGGUGGUGCUGCUGAUUGCAUUUGCUGUCACAGAAAUCAAACGUCUGCUUUUCAUCGAGAGCAUGAUUGACUCUCUCAAGUUUGUUAUAUUCCUGUAUCUACUGACCUGUGUGGGUGUACAGAUCAAUGGCCUGACUCUGGUGAUAACAGCUGUGAUUGCAAUUUUCUCCAUUCCUCUGUUAUACAAAAAGCAAAAGCUGCGGAUAAGGAGGAUGGUGAGAGCGGUUAAAAACCUUGUUAAGAAAAUCAAAAGCAUGUUCAUGGGUCUGAUUGAUUCAGUAAAACGUUCUCCUGCACCUGAACCUGCCGCCAAACCUGCACUGGCAGCUUCAGCUGCUGCAGCUGCUGCACCAGCCACCAAACAGAAAGCCAAGACUAAGUAACUUUUUGGUUGCACCUUUAAAUCACCCAGGAUUUGGGAUUUGGAAAAUGUUGGAAUGUUUCAUCCUCUGUGGGGCCGCUGGAGGGGCUGCUCAUCUCCAUUUCUGAACCAUGAUGUUUGUUUACGGGAGCACGGUUUAAUGGUUCCUGACAGCUGAAACAAUGCUGCCAUUCACUCCAGGAGAGGGAUUGAGAGUGUAUGAGGAGAAGAAUUUUAUUUACUGAGAUGCUUUCUGUGGGCUGUGUUUAAUAUAACCAGUUCACACAGUUAUGUACUCCACGCAGGGACAGCAUAGAAUAUUACAGUUUUUUUUUCUUCUUUAAUAACAGGUCUAUUUUUAAAUAACUGGUGAGCACUGUGUUCCUGCUGAGCUGCAAAAUUAUUCAUAACUAAGUAGGGAAGCUUUAUUGCUUUCAUUAUUUAGCACUUUGCAUUGUUAGCUUAGAUAGAAUGAAACUGACAUGAACAUCACCUGUGGUUAAUUAUCAGUAAUGGUUUUGCACUUAUGUCACUUAGCUAACCUAAGGAUUAGCAAAAGUUUUCCAAGCAGCAAAAAGUAUGAUGGGUCCUUUAUGACAAAUAACAAGAGCAUUUCUCCCUGCUCAUCAUGCUAAUUGGAUUUAAAAAGGUACAAACAGUGACUCCC